CGCGCUAUUUACAUAUGCCGCUUUAUGAACUCAUUAUUUUGCUUCAACAUGAAGCUAUUCGUAUCCCAAAAUGCCCCCAAUUCGCGUACUUCAAGACACGAAUUAACACCUCAAAUGCGCUCUCGAAUAUGCGAAUUGAAAGCAUAUGGCCCCUCUUAUGGAAAAGUUCACCAGUUGCACCCAGAGACCCCCAUGGACACGAUUCAAGGCACCGUUCGACUCGGAAAAAGUCGUGAUAAUAAAUAAAGGCCUCGCUCAGGCGCACCACACAAGAUCACUGAAGAGGAACGAGAUCAGCUCGUUGAUCUGCCCAAAAUACGAGGCGCUUAUGAAAGAGGUCGAUAAAGGUAUUCAUCGCACCACUCUUUGGAGAUUAUUUCAGUUUAUGGAUAUGCGCAAAUGGUUACAAUUAUAUCGGCCUGAAUUAAAGCCUGAACAUAGUACGCCUCAGGUCUCUUUUCGAAAGUAGUUCAUCUUUGUCUCCAGAAUUCGAAUCGUCGUUGUUAGUUUUGCGAUGGUAAUGUACGGCCCCGAGUAGUGGAGCGGCCCCCACGAUACUAAACCGCAGAAGACGGCAAACAGCGGAGUUUUCGGAAAUACAGAGCAGUUUCUGUUUAGAGGGGAGUUAAGAGGAUGGUACAGCUGCACAGACCUCGGUAGAGUUAUUUUUCAAAUAAGAUGUUUGAUCAAGUCGAGAUUGUUGGAAAGCUGGAGUAGAGGCGGAAGUCGGGAAUGGAUAGGGCUAUUUUGGGGCGGACGCUUAUGCGCGGG